AUGGCAGUCCUCAUUUUCCCCACUCGGUACGAAAAGACCAGUGAUGGCUGGAUCCGUCAGCCCGACGACCAACAACCUACCAGUCUUCUCCAUCAGCAUGUGCUCGAAACGAAGGACAAGUUCGUCAUCAGUUCAUUCGACGCCAGUGUGAUGAAGUUGAAGAUCACAGCUGGCAUGAAAUGUGACUACAUUACCUGGGAAUGCACUCAUGAUCCAAAUGCUUUCAAGUUUGAAUUUGUUCCGAAUCGCGGUCGCGACCGUACUCUGGAAACUCGCUUUCAAGAAGGCCAAGUUCAAGUCUGCUUGAAGCACAAGUGGUUACCUAUGGUUGACUAUCUCGAAGCAGAGUCGAAGAAAGAUGAGUUGAAUCCAAACAACCGUACCCGCUGCUGUUAUUACGAUUACAGAAAUGAAGCUCUCGAAGCUCAACGCAAAUGGUGGGCUGCAAACAACAAGUUCUUCCCUUUGCUUGAGUUACCAAGUGAGUUGAGAGAAGAAAUCUACCGCCAUGCCGCUCCCCAAGACGCCAUCGAACCAUAUGCCCGUCAUCGUAUGCGCGGCCGUAGCAUUUCACACAUCAGUGAUCGUAACAACAUGAUCCCAAAUCUACUCAGAUGCAACAAGCUUAUCUCCCAUGAGAUGCGAGCAUACAUGUUCCGACAUCUCCCUCUACUCAUCAACCACGAACGAUUACUCAAGAAGACUCUACGCCAGAAUCUCUACUUCCCUCGCAACUUGCUUACCAACCUCACUCUCGCCCUUCCCACUCAUCGGGAUUAUGUCGAACUCUUCGGUCUCAAUGCCAGAGAUAUUAUCAUUAGCGAAAUCGUCAAUAUCAAAGGCAAAGGUCCAACAGCUUCCUCACUUUCUCGCGACCAAUUGCCUUGCAUCAAGAAAUUGGAGAUCACCAUCCCAUCCCGCGACGUACUCGAUCGAACCUACAUAAACUUCUGCCAUACCAACGCAACAACCAUGCUUCUCGAAAUUAUGUAUCCCUACAUCCAAGGCCACCCCAUUAUCCUCACUGGCAUGAUCAAACACUGGCAAAAGAAACAUUGGGAACACGUAUUCGCUCAAGCCCACAAAGAAUUCGAAGAAAGCAUCGCUGAUACCGAAGAUGGUGGUGUUGGCAUCACACAGCAGGAUCUGGAUGUUUAUGAGGGCAAGGCGGAACUCAAUGAGUAUGACGAAGACGGUAAGUGCUGUGAUUGCAAGCAAAAUUGCUGUUUACUGCAUUUUGAUGAGGAGGUGGAGGAAGAGUUUGUGUAUCAUCUCCCGUUUGAGUGUCGUUGUGAUCCUCCUUGCUUCUAUGGCGAGUGGACUGAGGAAGAUCGCAUCAGGGAUGAAGAUGAGAAGUGA